AUGGAGAUGGAUGAAGAAAUGGAGGAUUCGAUGGAGCUGACAUUCACAGCGGUGGAAAUAGACCUAGACUACGAGUUCGACGCCGCUCGAUGCUUCGAUUUCACGCGUGAAGAGUCGAGCGCUGAGGCUCGUGAGGCCGAGCUCUGGUUCGAAUCUGCAGGAACCUAUCCACCUUCUCCUUUUGUAACAAAGUUAUUAUUGAGAGAGGACAUCCUGCAGAAAACUGUUAAUAUCUCCCCAAAGUCUAAAGAUGUGGUGAACGCAACUUUGCCCUACAGUGAUGUUGGGUUGGGCCAAGACUUUUCUGUAGUGGGUUUGAAAGACAGAGACUCUGAAGGAAUGAAUGGUGGAAUUUUGACAACGUUACAGAGUGACAGUCUGCACAAAUUUCAGAAUCAACCCCAACAAUUACCCACAGAAUUAAUAUUUUAUAACCACAUGACAAAAGAUAAUUCAAGAGCUGAAACUAAGUCUGUUGUCAAGCCAUCUUUUCCGAGGACCUCAACUCUGAUGAAACCCACAGCAAGUCAGCUGGCCAAGCAAAAUCAACCACGCCAAGUUGGUGGUUCAAGGGUUCUGAAGCUUUUGGUUGAAAACAAUGAGAGAAGCUCAAAUAAUCCUUUGGGGAUCGAGUGUCAGGCUGCUAAGAGACAAAAGCUUGAGGGAGGCCACUUGCGGAAGGAUGCUGAGACAAAGCAUCAGAGUAAUUUGGUUCACAAGGCGCCUAAAAGGGAUGGACCUACUGAUGGAAACUUGGCCCAUGCUAAGCUGAGGCUUACUAUACCUAGACAGCCUGACCUUGAAACAGCACACAGGGCACAAAGGAUGAGGCCAAAAUCUACUACUGAACCUGAACGUGCAGCAUCAACCAUUCGUAAAUUCAAAGCACUUCCACUGAACAGAAAGAUUUUUGAGGCUCCGUCAUCGUUACUCCCCAAAAGAAGCACUCCUCGAUUGCCAGAGUUUCAAGAAUUUCACCUGAAGACGCUGGAGAGGGCCAUGCAACAUACAUCUGCAGUUUCGUCAUCCUCGGUUUCUUGCAGUGAUACUGAUAAGGUGUUGCACAAACCUAGUACUAAUGCAAUUGCAGAAAAUGCAAAUGGAGAAUCCCGAAGACCAAAUUUUGCCAAUGCUCCAACGCAGGAGGAGGGAUGUGAAUUUAUUCAUAAUUUUAAAGCUCGCCCCCUUAACAAGAAGAUAUUUUCAAGUAAAGGAGAUAUUGGAGUUUUCCGAAAUAGCAAGAAGGAAACUACUGUACCAAUGGAAUUUAAUUUCCAUACAGAAAAGAGGGGUCAGCAUAAUCCACCAGUUGAUCUUUUUAACAAGCUUUCUCUGACUGAACUCCAACCGAGUGCUGGAUCUCACCUAAAAUUGCCUCGGCCUAGUUGUGUUCCUUCAAAGGGUUCAAAAGAGAAUAGAUUGGGCUCCUUCCAACAAGAGCAUGAUAUAAACCAUUUAGUGAAAGAAAAACCACCCAGGUUUGGAGGAACUCAGAUCCAGUGUGGGAGUGAUGGAGGGAUCACUGAGGUUGGCCCUGUGUCUGGCAUAAGCAGGAGUUUGGGUAUUCGUUGAGUAGAAGAGGGUUAAAUUUUAUUAAAUGGUAUUAGCACUAGCUGUGGGCAUCGGGCUUCAAGGAUAUGCCGUUUGGUGCAAGAUUGACAGAAUGUUGAAUGUUGAGUUGGAAUUUGGGGGAGGUUUCAUCCGCUUAACAACAAUCUCUUUACUUUGCUGAGAGCAUUUGGGUUGACCGUUGAGGCAACUGAGAACAAUUUCCUCGCCAUGGGUAGUAAGUACAUAGAAGUUUUUUUAUUUUUUAAAUGUAAGGUCCUUUGCCUGUAUACGAGAUCCCAAAGUCCACACCUUAGCUUAAAAACCAUCUUUUUCAAUACAUGGAUCUCACACACAAACGUCUGAUAUGUUUCUAUACUGUAGGCCUCUCAGUCAAUAAAAUGUGAAGGCUAGUGUUGUACAGCCCUUACAAUUGCUUUCUCUUCAA